AUGGCAUUUUAUUCGUCUUUUGCACUGCUCCUUUCGGUGUUCUUGAUAAAUGCAGCAAAUGCUGCACAUCAACCUUCUGUAAGGGAAAUCGUGAAAACUAGACUUAUUGCAGGAUUCAAAGAAGGCUGCAACCCUGAAGAAACAUCUCUUCGAAGUCUUCGACAAGCUGUUAAAACUGCAUAUGUUGCGUAUCAAAGACGAGAAGGAAAAACUAUUGAAUCUGCUGCUUCGUUGGUGCUGAAUGUGAAGGAGACAGCAUCAGAAGACUACACUACGUACAGCCGGAGCCAAGCUUUGUUUCAACUGCAGCUUCCUUCAGACUCUGGAGGCUACCGCUUAACGGGUUUAUCUGCUCCUUCGAAUGCAUGCAUAAUAAACAAUCAGCAUCUAAAGCGCGUCGGCGUUAGUGUGGUGUCUGUUGCAGACUGUCCAUUGGUCUCUGCAGAUAUUGACUCAGCUAUAUCUGCAUUCAGAGAUGAUAGCUGCGUAUCUUUCGUAGAAAGAGAUUCUAUUCAACGCCUUUACCCUAUCUUUGAAGGGCCUCCCAUUGAUGAAACUGCUGUACGGCCCAGCGCUCCUCCUCCUCAUCCUAGUCAGCCUUCUCCUUUGGCGUAUUGGUUAGAAGUAGCGAGCAUAGACAGAGCGUGGAAAUUGAACAAGUGCGACAGAGAAGUAGUCGUAGGAGUAAUAGACACAGGCGUUGAAGUUGAUCAUCCCGACUUGCGCAAUAAUAUUUGGCGGAAUGAAUAUGAAAUACCUGCAAACGGGAUAGACGAUGAUAGAAACGGAUAUACAGACGAUAUAAACGGCUUUGAUUUCUUUCUUAAAAGAGCACAGGUUGUAGAUCCUCAUGGUCACGGUACGCAUUGUGCGGGUAUUAUAGGUGCAACACCGAUAACAACAGUUGCACAAGGUGUUUGUAAGAAUAUCAGCAUAGCAGGUCUUCGAUUCUUAGAUGAUCAGGGCUCUGGAGCAACAUCGGACUCUAUAGAAGCAGUUAAUUAUGCUAUUGAAAUGGACUUUCAUCUUACUAGUAACUCUUGGGGGGGCCCUGAUGUAUCAAGCGGUUUAUUACAAGCAAUAAAGAGAGCUUCUGAUGUUGAGCAGCUAUUUGUUGCUGCUGCAGGAAACAGCGGAAAUAAUGCAGAUGUACGACCUGAAUAUCCAGGUGCUUAUAAAGUAGAUAAUGUUAUAUCUGUUGCUGCUACAGAUGAAAACGAUAGAUUAGCUAACUUCAGCAACUAUGGAAAGAACGCUGUACACCUCGCUGCUCCGGGUGUAUUCAUUUUAUCUACUUUUCCUCCGCAUACAGUCAAAUCUUUGUCGGGGACUUCGAUGGCUACACCUGUCGUUUCGGGUGUAGCAGCUAUGUUGCUGUCUCAUAGACCUAUGAGAGUAGCAGAGCUUAAAGAGAUUCUAUUCACAACUGCUGAUAAACCAAGAUCUCUUAAAGACAAGCUACGUACAGGGGGCCGCGUGAGUGCAGCCUACGCAAUUUGUGUAGCGAGAGCAGAAGAUCCUGAAAGCCGCAGCAUUUUGACCCGCAGCAGCAGCAGCAGCAGCAGCAGCAACAGCAGCAACAGCAACAAUUACAGCAGCGCCAAACCAAAUCGUCUGCUCAGAAAAUUCAGAGAGUUUCCACCUACGCCGACCAGGGGUUGUUAA